GUACUUAAGCUUUGCAAUCUGAAAGUGAAGGUUUCAACAGAGACUUGAUUGCCAGAAGCCGAGUUAGACAGCUGACGAUAUGGACAUGUCUGCUUCAGACGAAGAGUGUCCUGUGUGCAAAGGGAUAAUAACUAAUCCUUCUCAACCGUCUCCAUGCUGUGGAAAAGUAUUUUGCCAGAGAUGCCUCAAUCAAUCUUUUCGAUUCAGGACUCAUUGUCCACACUGCAGAAGCAGCGCUUAUGCAAAUAAUCCAUUUGUGGUACCUUCAAAUAGAAGGAGACAUCUGCGCCCAAUCCUGCCAGGAAAUUUUGAUACAUUUAAUUCAAGAAGACCUGUUGGCUCAAGCAUACGGAAUAUCAUCAGCCAACUUCAAGAUUCACAGGCACAACAGACAGGCACUGCCGCUCAAGUCAAUCUGCCCAAUCAGGCUGCCCCGGCACCUGCCCCACAAAACCAAGCCCCUCCCCUUUUCAUGUCCUCUGCACAGCCCGUUCCAAUGCCACGGAUUCGAGUUCAGCCUGCAAAUUUAAUGACUGCCAUGCAACCUGCAAACUUAAAUGCUGCUCCGGCUGGUCCUAUCCAAGUCGCCCAGACACCUCCCCCAGCUCUACUGCAGCCAUACUCCACCCCACUGCUGCCAAACCCCGCCCCAUCGCUGCUAAACCCCGCCCCGCCCCAGGAAGAUUUGCAGGCUGUGCUUGAUGAGUGGCCAUGGCAAACAGAGAUCACUGUAAUGGAGAUGAAUCCGCAACCUCAGAGUUUAACUGUGAGGACAUUUGCGUGCCCAUACUGCCAGGAUGAUGGACUGGAUGAACUUGAUCUACGCGAUCACUGCAAUAACCAUCAUGCCAAUGACUUCAGACGUGUGGUGUGUCCAGUGUGUGUGGCGGCACCCCACGGUGAUCCGCAGUACUACAGCCGCGACUUCAUUGGCCACCUCAACCUGCGCCACUGCUACUACAUGGACGAUAUAACUAACCUGCACCAAUCUGAUGAGAUGAACCUCCAGUGUGCAAUUCUAGCAUCAUAUAGGCAAAACAUUUAAAGCUCAUUUUCAGAAAUAUGACAACACAGUUCUCAGGGGUUUUUUUUUCUGAACAGCAUCUAAAAAAAAGCUUGAAAACAACAGAUGGACACACCAGUUAAAGAUAAGGUAUAUUGAAGAUAUGAUAUUGAACAAUUUUACCAAUAUGAAGUAAAACAUUUUAACAUUUUUUGAUUGAUACAUUUUGAUUGAACUGCUAUUAAAGGAACAGAAAAUUGUUGAUUAUCUGAUUUAAGCGGUGUUGUAUUUUCAUAUGACACCAUUUCAUCAUAUAAAUUGAAGUUGUACUCUUUUCACAUUUUCAUUCUCUCUGAUACAUCUUGAUCAUGCCUGUAACGAGUUAUCUGCUGAAAACAUUUUGCACAAUUUCGCUGCUCUUGCACUUUCUUUUUAAGAUAUAAGAUGGCUAUCUUAUACAUUUUAUGUGGGAUUUAGGAUGUAUUAUACCUGUGGAAUAACGUCUGAAUGAAUUAUUUGAAUGACUUUUUGAAUGACAUCCCAAUGUGAAAAAAAUGUAUAGCUAAUUUGUGUAAUAAAAGUUUCUACUGAAACAACA